UUCAUGAAUAUUGGGAAUUUGGAAAAUAAACGGCGAGAAUCAUAAAAAAAUGACGAGGGUAUGUUUUGAAUAUAUUUUACCCGAAUCCGUACUAACAUACAAAUUCAAAUUAUAAAAGGAUAAAUUUUAGUGAUUUAAUUUUAAACCGUGGCGCUGCCGGAGAAGUUGAAAAACCAACAAUUAAUUAUGGCUAAGUUAAAAUCAAAGAUCCCAGUACGGAGACCGUACUCAGAUGAAAGGAGUAAGCCGACAAGAGGCUUUCCCGAUCAAUCAGACUUAAGAAGGAUUUCCAGCGAUUUGUCGAAACCUAAAAAUAGACACCCUGAGGCUGAUGAAAACUCUGUUCAUUCAUUGGAUAUUAGUAGUAAGAACCUGAGAGUAAGACGGUUUACCGUGACGAUUAAGGACAGCAAAGGUGAGUUUGUUAAACGAAGAAAAAGUUACAAGUUAACGUAUAACCAAGAAAACGACGGUGGUGAUGAGUAUGAAAUUGAAAAGAAAAGUGUUAGUGAUACAUCGGCAAAGGAAUUUAAUGACACGCAUGAUGUUGUAGAUGACUUAUCUCACAAUGAAUCAGCAAAUUAUAUAUUUGACGACACCGUGUCGAUUAUCUCAGAUCGUUCUAAAAAGGAUGAUCCUAUUCCAAAUGUAACCGUUGCGGAUAAUUUUGAAACCUAUGAAAGUGAGAAGUCCCAAACGGUAUUUACGGAUGACACAUCUAUACCGAUAUUUGACGAUGAAAGUUCAGAGUCGAAUGCAGCCUUUGGAGAUAAAUUCGCUAGAGACAGUAGUGUACCAUCACAGAUCUAUAGCCCAGUUUCUGGGACAACGAUUAGACUGCUAACACCGCAAGAUAGAAAUGAAAGGAAUAUACUUUUUCAGGACCGUCCAUUUAGAAAAAUUGCAAAGGUCAGUAAAGCGGGCACUUUUGUAUCGUCAGAAAAGAAAGUCCUAGAUGACGAAAAAGCUUCCACGCUGACAACUGUAAAUGAUACUGAAGCAGAAACUGCAUCCAUGUCAAAAGAAGACACAAGCACUAGUCUCCCACCCAAAAAUUUCAAAGCCAAUUUGUUUAACAGAAUUCGAAUGAUAUCUACUCCAAGAAGGACACCUAAGUUCUCGCCUAUACUACAUUCAUCUAACACAGGUAAACUAUCUUCCACAAAUCAAAGACUGGUAUCAAACGGUACAGAAAACACUUUUGUGAAAGAUUCAGUUCCGGUGCGAUUAAAACCUAUUGCCACUCACGAUAUUGCAAAAAUGCAUCACGGUAACCAAAAUAACGGUGUAAAGUCUGAUCAAGUAGCAGACAAAGACGCUGAAGAGCGUUACGAACUUAUUGAUUUAGAUGAAUCAAGGUUAACAUUUAAACCAAAACGCCACCGUAGAAGCGUAGACACUAGCAAAACUAAAGGACAACCCGUACAAGAUUCUAAUCUUCCAGUCAGGAUUGAACGCCAAAUCAAUGCUCAAACAAAUCAAUCUGCAGGGUUAGUAACUCAAAGUGCCAUAUUGAAUAAACCAGUUUUAAAACAAUCUCCAAAGACUAGCCUACUGCGAUCUCAGGGAAACCCAUUGCUCAAGUCAAAUCGUGUUUUAGAAUCAUCAAACAAUGAUAUAUUUUCGGAAGCAGACAAGAGGUCAAGACUUCGACAAGCUCAAUACAUCAAUGAUGAUUUAAGAAUAGUAAAAACUAAAUUGCAAGACGAUGACUUUGUGGCAUUACAUAUAGAUUCAAAACUUAGAGAAACGAUACAAAAGAAGAAUGUGUUGAACCAUUUAAAUAAAACUCCAGUAGUGAAAGAGAGUGAAAUGCCCCCUUUCCCUAAAAAACCGUUACUUGCUAAACCUUUGGUUCCAAAAUAUACCAACAAAAUGUUCAUGACACCUAAUCCGAAACCCGCAGAUAUUGAUAUCAGUAAUAAAGUGUUAGGAAAUCAAAACAGUUUAGCCGAAGUGCAAACUAACAGGAAUUCUCGAUUUUUAGACACAAGUGCUAGUACAGACUUGAGAAAGGAUUUAACACAUAAGCGCAAUAUAUGGCAAGUGCAGCCAAAAAUCCACAGGUUUAAUUCAAAUAAAGUAAGAGAGAUUGGUAAUAAACAAGACGGUAAUACCGUCACAAAACAUUCUAAUGCCACUAGUAACGUGGCGGCAUGGCUUUUGCAUUCAGCAGGUGGCGCUAACAGAGCCAACUCGAGGCGGAAAAGCCAGCAAACUGGGAAGGCUUCAUUCCAAAUAAGGCGGAGAGUGUUAAACAGGAAGUGGAAAUUUAUGCAUAGACAAGACAAACAAAGAAAACAAAGGCAAGAAAGAGAAUUGAAGGAAAAUAAAUCUACUGAGGUUCAGCCGGUAGAGGAAGUUAAUCUGAUAAACCUUGGAAUGUACAUGCCGUUAGGAAUAAAGAAGUUAAAACGGAAGCCGAUUAGACUUAAACCUCGAUUGUACACGCAGGUUGGCAAGGUCAAAGGUUACGAGAGUGAGAUUCCAGUUCUUGAAUACGACUCUGACGUCGAUGUUGAGGAGCAAAUGUAUGACGGACCUCGCCCCCUCACGGAUACAGCAAGAGAUUUCCAUAAUUACCGCAGAUUUGAGGGCGAAUACGACAAAGUCCGGCCAAACUACCGCAAUCCGGCACAUCAAAAAGGCUCAAACGGAUGUCUAGUAAAAUUCUUUUUAAAUGGCAAAAGCCAGCAUAAAGGUCAUAUUAUAUCUAUAAAUAACAAAAUGAAAUCAUUCCAGACAUUGUUAGAUGAUCUUACUAAAAAGUUUGGGGUACGUAUCGAUCAUGUGUACAACUGGCCUCAUGGCAAGGAGAUUACUGAUUUAUCACAGUUUCACAACCGUUGUGUCUACGUGGUGUCACCUGCUGCCAAGAAGAAAAAGGGGAAUGUAUUGAUUCCAGUAACUUACGGUGCAUCCAAAGAAAAUUACUGGUCCAACAGAAAGAUGUCUGGCGGCCGGCGGAGACAGGAAAAUGAACUUUACAGGAAGGAUCAAGAGUUUAAAGAAUCUCCUGUAAGAAAUAUGCCGAUGGUAAUCAGUGUCUCUUACAAGUCAGCGCCUGAGAGAAAACCAGAAAAAUUCAUUCUAAAUCCACAAACUGCGCAGGAAUUUGAAGACUGGUUGGAGGACCUUUCUAAGCCGAAUUUGCCAGUCCGAGCACUUUACUCGGACAAACCCCCUUAUGCACAGAUGAAGAGUUACACACAUAUCUUCCGGGAGCAUCACACAAACAGUGGUUUUAUAGCGUGCGCCGAGGAGAUGAAACCGUCGGAAUUAAAAAAGAGACAGGCACCCAGUAGCAAUUCCAGCUCGGACUCUAUUGGUGACUCGAAAAACAGAAAACAAAAGUUACAGAAACAACAAGAUAUGGGUCAAAUAUACGAAAACGGAAGUCGAGAUUCGUCUAUCUCUACGGCUAUGUCUCGUUUUGACAACGGCCAACAGCGCAGUCAGUCAAGGGUGCGCGGGAGACGGAAAGAUAGCCGACCAAGAGACGCGGGCUCAGAUAACUACGUACAGGUAGAGGUUGACGGCAUCCCAAGAGAAUUUUACCCUCCAACCACUAAAAACAGCAAAGAUGAUGGUGCAAAACCACCAGGAAUGCUUAAAUGCGAAUGGGUGUACGGGUUCCGCGGGCGGGAUACCCGGCACAAUCUUCAGGUGUUACCGGACACGGGUGAGCUGGUGUACUUUGUGGGCGCCAUUGUUGUCCUGUAUAACAAGGAGACAGAUACCCAGAGGCAUUACUUGAAACAUACUGAAGACGUCUCGUGCAUAACGAUACAUCCAGAUGGUAGCACAGUAGCAUCGGGACAAAUGCACGGCAAGAAACCGGAAAACUGGGCUCACAUUCAGAUAUGGGACGGUGAAACUCUGAACACUCGCUACGUGAUAGGAUUAGGAGUGUUAACUGGCAACGUCAUCUCAAUAGAUUUUUCAAAAGACGCGUCCAGUAAAUAUAUAUGCGCACUCGAUUCAAGUUCAAAACAUUUGCUGAGUGUCUGGGACUGGAAGAAUGACCGGGUCGUUGCUCGAACCACGACGACGCUAGAAUCCGUGCACUGCGCGUCCUUCUAUCCGGACGGUGCAAACAACAGCAUCUUGAUUACGUACGGCGUACGUCAUAUCUAUUUCUGGAAAAUAUUCUUUGACGCCGCACGCAAAAGCGAUGCUAAAAUAUUCAGAGACAGACAGAGUGGAAUAUUUGAGGAUCGUUAUGUUGACGCCGAUCUCAUUAAAGACAUUCCGAAUUCGAUUAAUUGUAUAGCUUUUCUUAAAUCUGGUGAUGUCGUGACCGGCGAUACCUCAGGUAUUCUCAUGAUCUGGUGCCGCGAGGCCAAGGACGUGUUCAGAUGCCGGAAAGAGAUCAGUGCUUGUGACGAACCAAUCACAGCAAUUGUUUAUAUGGAAGAAGACGACAAGCUGUUGGUAGCAUCUGGAAACGAGAUUAAGGCACUGGAUGUAAAGAACGGUUAUACUUUGAUUGAUAAGAAAAAGGACAAAAAAGAGAUACCUCAAGGAGCGGGUGACAUAAUGACGCUUGUCCCGCAGGCGCCCAGGGGGGCCGGAGGUAGAGUGUAUGUUGGAACUACAAACGAUGCCAUUUUUGAAGGUUCCAUGAAGCAAAAAUUCAGAUGCAUAGUUCAGAGUCACUAUGACGGGUACUGCUGUGUGGCACCGCAUAAGAUCGAGCCUACGUUCUUUUCUGCUGGUUUCGAUCAAGUGGUUUACAAGUGGGGAAUGAUAAACCAUAAAGUGAUAUGGGGGACUCAUAUUGAGCAUCCGUGUACAGCGUUGGCAACAUUGUCGAAAAACAUGAAAACGUUUGACAUUGUGGCCGUUGGCACGGUUAUCGGGGCCAUUUAUAUUCUCCAUGCCUAUAACGGUAUGAACCUUACAACUGUAACCGUUGGGAUGGACCCAAUUGGAUGUCUUUCUUUUUCUGAUGAUGAAAGUCGUAUUGCUGUCGGAUGUAACGAUGGUUCUAUAAGCGUGUAUGAAAUACCCGACAGGAAGACGUUUAUCAAGGCCAAGGUCUCAUCUAUGUGUCACAGCGAUGCAGUAGCAAGCCUAGAUUGGUCGACGGACGGACGAUGUAUACAAAGUUCAUCGGAGUCGAACGAGCUGAUGUUCUGGAAUACAGAUACGAUGGAUCCUGUAGAAUCGCCAUCAUCUGUCAGAAAUAUAGACUGGUCUACAAUGAAUUGUCCAUUGUCAUACGGUUAUGUUGGACCUUGGUCUAACAUGGGAAAACGAGAAGUGAUAAAAGUAGCCAACCGCUCACCUAACAGAAAAUAUUGCAUUAUGGGUGACUCGUGUGGUAGAAUACGACUUUAUAAAUACCCAUGUACAAAAGAAAACGCGGAAUUUAAAGGCGUUCGAAUAUACGGAAGUGACGUCAUGGCAUUGGCUUUUACCGCAGACGACAACAGCCUGGUCUCGUGCGGCGGAGCAGACGCAGGACUGGUCCAAUGGGAAAUCACUGACGAUUAAAGACUUGAAUGUGUAAAGCGGAAGUAGGCAGAGAUACGGAAUACGAAUGAUAAUAAAAUGAUGGUCAACUUUUAUUUUUUUUUCCUUACAAUUCGAACCCGUAGGGAUCUGUUAUUCGAAUUACACAAAUACUCUACAAAAACUAUUUCCGCGUCUACGUGUCUUAUUUUUAUAUUAAACCUUUUGCAUAAUAGACCUAGUCGAGGGCUUUCAUUAUUUAUGUUAAUAUUUACCAUCUUUUUGUUAAGAUUCAAUAGAAUUUAAUUCAUUUUGUUUUUCUUCAACACACUCUGUAUGUUUCAUAUAUCUUUUGUAUAUACAUGGAUAUUUAUUGUAUGUGAAAAUUUCUUCUAAAAUAUAAUCUGUCUGUAUGUAACGUUUACAUAAUUUUGGGGAGCACUGGAAAAGUUGACUCAAGGAAGUAAAAAGAACAUUAACUUUUUAUAACUUUUGCUAUAUAUUUCUUUUCGAGUUUCACAUUACAAGCAACUAUUAUUUAGCAUUUUUUUAGUGUUAAAUAACAGACAUAUUUAUGAAAGGAAAUGUGUGAGUGUUAUUUUAGUAAGAAAAUGAUUAAUUGAUAAAGAAAAUAA